AUGUUCUGGUAUCCUAACCAUUGCUCUUGGAGAAGCUCCCUCGCCUUGGCCGAUAGUAAUGCCACCGGGUUCCGAUGUUUCCUGCUCUCCUCCGAUCCAGAUGAUCUUCAACGUGGCGGGGUUGAGGUCUUCGACGGUCUCGACCCGAUCUCUAAACUCAUUGUUCUGCAUUCUGGCCGUCCCAAAAUGUCUUCUUUGAGAAAACCGACCCGUCCCCGAUGGUACCGGCCAGGCCGGUUAGCGCUGCAGGCCUGGAUUCCCGCCAUGUCUCACUUAGUCUCAGGUACUCUAAACUCAAUAGAAUCGUAA